CCGUGGUCCGUAGUUUUAGGUUAUGAUUCGGGAAUGAUGUAAUGUUUAUUAUUGCCGGAUUUUAAACUUUUAAGCUUGAAAUGACUACACAAAAAUAGUAGAACCACAUUAUCAACAUUAUUUGAGGGUUUGUAGAACAUCGUGUGAUUCUAAAUUACUUUAAUCUAUUUAGGCCUAUGUUGUAUUAGUUGAAAAACUUGUAUCAUGACGCAAAGUACCGCGGAUAUUCCUCAGGGAAAAGUUAAGUUUCGUUCCAUAUCAAGCGUUGCUGAUCCUGGAUUUGGUGUUAACAGGAUUGAGGAAAUUUCUCAGAGACUCCGAUCAAAAUCAACAGAUCCUAAAUUAAAAAAGAAAGAUUUAAAAUUCGCUCCAAUCGAAAAUGAUGUGAAUGACCACUCAUUCUUCAACUUUCUUGGGGUUGAACUGACCCGCGGUUAUGUUCUUGAGCAUGAUGAAGAACAAUACUCAGCCCGUCGAGAAAAGGUUUACUCGUUCAUGAAAAUUCCAAGAGAAGUGGAAAAGUUCAUGUUGUAUGGGUUUUUCCAGUGUGCCGACUCUUUUCUGUUUGUCUACACGUUUCUGCCAAUGCGCUUUCUCAUUGCAUUCUGGGCUCUCAUCACUCGACCAAUCACCACAUGCUUUAGAAAGAAGUCUCAAACAUACUUGAAACCAGCCGAAAUAUGUGAUCUCCUAAAAGUCAGCAUUCUGAUAAUAGCGAGUUGUAUGCUCUUCUAUGUUGAUACGUCGAUGGUCUAUCAUCUCAUCAAGAGUCAGUCUGUGAUCAAACUCUAUAUAUUCUACAAUAUGCUUGAGGUAGGAGAUCGGCUUUUCUCAGCUUUUGGGCAAGAUAUAAUAGAUGCGCUAUUUUGGACAGCAACAGAGCCAAGAGACAGAAAAAGAGAGCAUCUCGGUCUCAUUCCACAUCACACUUUUGCUAUCAUCUAUGUUUUUCUACAUGGAAUUUUAGUGCUAUGUCAAGCAACAACUCUAAAUGUUGCUAUAAAUUCGAACAAUAAGGCUCUUCUCACCGUCAUGAUGUCAAACAAUUUUGUAGAGUUGAAAGGAAGUGUGUUCAAGAAGUUUGACAAGAACAAUUUGUUCCAAGUGGCGUGCAGUGACGUGCGAGAACGCUUCCAUCUCGUCUUCCUCUUACUCAUUGUCAUCCUUCAAACGAUGAAGGAGUAUGCCUGGAGUGAAGAAACAUUUUGGGUACUGGUUCCUGACUGUUUCAUAGUGCUGAUAGCAGAGAUGCUGGUGGACUGGGUGAAGCAUGCGUUCAUCACUCGAUUCAAUGAGUUGCCUGUCGAGGUGUACCGAGACUACACGCUCAGCUUGGCUUAUGAUCUGGCACAAACACGCCAGAAAAAUGCAUUCACCGACCACUCUGACCUGGUGGCGCGGCGCAUGGGCUUCAUCCCACUGCCGCUGUCUGUGGUUGCGGUGCGCGUGUUGGGCGCGGCUGUCAGCGUGCAGGCCCCGCCGCACUCUGCUUGGCCGCACUCGGCUAUGUUUGCCUGGUGGCACUGCGUCUGCUCAACAGCAUCUCCAUCCUCGGACAGGCUUGCCAUCUCAUCGACAACCACCAGAAGGAUCACAUGCCUGACGGCACAAGUCCGGUGCGGAUCAUCAAGGACUCAGCGACCAGCCCCACUCGGCCGAUGGCUCCGCUGCGGCGGUCGGCCACAGUCGAGGUCACCCUUGCCUCCCCCUCUGCACCCCCGCCCACUCCCGACCUCCUCGCCGACGCCGACGAGCUCAGGACCACCCUCGGUCCGGGCGCCAUCUUCUCCAACAGUGCUGUUAGCAUAACGGACGUGUGCCUGAACGAGGAGAUGCUCCGAGUGGGGGUGGGGGCGUCAGGCGGUGACCAACUGGAGAGCAUCGGAGAGGACAGCGAGUGUCUGACUCGCAGUGUACCCAACAUGGCAGCCUGCGCCCAGGGGGGCAUGGGAGGCGGUGCCGCCCCCACGGCCACCACUCUCGGCAGCCCCUCGGCGUGUGCCGCCCUGGGCGAGCAGCAGCCGAAGCGAGCCGAGUCGGAGCCCUCCAUUCCGCACCUGGUCGACAGUGAGGCUGCCGAGGCGCCCCAGUCGCUAUGACACAACCUGUUCACCUCCUUACUGCUCGCUGUCAAUCGGCGAUGCAACCUGCUGUGAUCCUAUCAAAAGUUCCAAGUUCAUCAAGUCAUUCAAAUAUUGAGACAGAAUAAUAAUUUACCAUUCUAAGAACCAACCAAGCGUUUCUGUUCAAUUGCCAAGUUCAUUAAUUUCAAAUCUUUAUUACUGUGAUUGAGACAGAAAAAUAGUUCUACGAUACUUUGAUCUAACCGAACGUUUCUGUUCAAUUGUGAAUUCCAUUCAUUUCAAAUAUUCAGUACCGCGAUUGAAAAAGAAUAAUAGUUUUACCAUACCAUGAUCCAACCAAACAUUUAUGUUCAAUUGUCAAGUUGAUCCAUUUCAAAUAUUGAAAUAGAAUAAUAGUUUUACGAUACUAUGAUAUAACCAAACGUUUCUUUUCAAUUGUGAAGCUUAUUCAUUUUAAAUAUUGAGACAGAAUAAUAGUUUCACUAUACUAUGAUACAACCAAACGUUUCUGUUCAAUUUUGAAGUUCAGUCAAUUUAAUAUUCAGUACCGUGAUUGAGAAGUGAAUUUCAUUCAAUAUAUUAAAACAUCAAUAUAUAUUUUAUAUUAAAAUAUUAAAACAAUAUUAGUUUUACCGUACUAUCCAACCAAACAUUUUUGAUUAAUUGUGAAGCUUAUACACCCCUGUUCAAUUGAUAUAUUCAGUAUUGUGAUUGAUAUAUGAUAAUACUCUACCAAACUAUGAUACAACCAAACAUUUAUGUUCAAAAGUAAAGUUCAUACAUCCCUGUUAAAUUCAAAUAUUCAGUAGGCCUACCUAUCAUGACUGAUACAGAAUAAUAGUUUUACCAUAAUAUCCAAUCAAACCUUUAUCUUCAAAAGUAAAAGUUCAUAUAUCCCUAUAUUUAAAUCAAGUGUUCAGUAGGCCUACUGUGAUUGAGAUUAAAUAAUAGUUCUAUGUUACUUUGAACCAACCAAACAUUUCUGUUCACUUAUGAAGGUGGUAUACACCAACAGCUAUCCACAUUCAAUUAAUAUAAGGCACCGUGUUUGAGACAGAAUAAUAGUUCUAUCCUACUCGUACUAUGAUACAACCAAACAUUUUUAUUCAAUUGUAAAGUUUAUACUUCCCUAUUCAAUUCAAAUAAAUAAAUAUUCGCUAUUUAAUUCCGUGUUUGAGACAAUAAUAGUUUUACCAUACUAUGAUACAAACAAACAUUUUUGUUCAAUUGUAAAGUUUAUACAUCCCUAUUAAAUUCCGUGUUUGAGACAGAAUAAUAGUUACCAUACUCUUCAAUCAAACGUUCGCUGUGACCCAAAUCAAACAAUUCAAUAGUGACGAUGAUGAUGAAUUCCAACUAUUCAUAUUCAAUUCAAAUGUUCAGUGUGGUAAAGGAGGCAGAGUAAUAGUUUCGCCAUACUCUUCAUCCAAACUUUCGUUGUUAACAAUUCCAGACGAAUUCAAUAGUGUAGAUGAAAUAUAAAAAAUGUCGUUUUUCGACGAAUAAAAUAUAUUUGAUCAUUAAUCAACAAUUAAUACUAUAUUAGAUAUGCCGAAAUAACUUGAAUCACAGAUACCUGCUAUAGAAGGCGUAGGCAAAAGAAAAUUGGCCUCUCUGUGGUCCUAUAAUUACCACUGACUGAAUUACCACAUAACGUGAAUAGUACCUAGAAUACUAUAGAAUAAUACCUAGCUUUCAUCAAAUCUGUGGCGACUCUUCUUCCUACUCCAAUUUAUAUUUACUGAUCAAUUAAACUUUUCCAUUUCAGUACAAUAUUUGUAAUAUAAUAGUGCUCUCUAUUCUAUGUUUGAAAAAAUUAAACUUCUCAAUUUCUUUAUAUUUUACAUUGAUAAAAUAACUCUUGUAGAACAAUACAAGACUUAACCUAUUUCGGACUAUGUGUAACCUUAUCUAAAUUUGGGAGAGGAAUAGCACAAGGCUACCUUAUUUUUUCUCUCCCUAACAUUUUGAUGAUGUACUUAUUGUAUGAGUCCAUACAUUUUUGUUUGUAUUGCUCCAUCAUGUCCGCGGUAGCCUACCUAUGUAAAAGUAUUCGGAAGGGAUCAUUAUAUAGAUAAUAUCAUAGAGAAACAAUAUCGUAAGUAGAUAUCCCAUGGUAUAUGUCGCAACUUUUACUGUUAUCUCAAGUCGAUUACCAUCGAUUAUUGUAUAUUUUUACUGUUUUGUUUGGGUGAGAGUGUAUGAACGGCACAAUAUGAGAGACUACCAGCGUCACACACCUUUUUGGUAAAGAAAUACGUGGACUAUCGGCUUGAGAUAACAGUAAAAGUUGCGACAUAAACGCCCUAUACCAUGGGGUAUCUACUCGCUAUUGUUUCUCUAUGAUAAUAUGCAGUAACUUCGUAUUCGUAGCUAAACGAGGUUUUAUCAGUUUCAUUGGAAAACCAAUUUAAAUUUUACUGUACGGUAUAAAAAUUAUGAAGUGUGAAACCUCAGAUACAUAUAAUCCAAACAU